AUGCCGCACUCGCAAGAUUCGUUGCGAUCGCACAUUCCCGUGCUCAAACUGCCUCACAACUGGGAUCUCUUGUCAAAAGUCCGACCGGAAAGAAUCCCCGAGGUCCGAUCGAAUGCUGCACAUGAAGAACGCAUGCAGCUUUUGGAAAGUCGUCUCCGAAAUGUGGAAGCGGAGUUGGCCCAAAGACCAUCGCCGGGAAAUCUACCCAGUCAUGCACCGAACAAUAGCAUUGACAAGACCAGCCCCGGGGAAACAGGAACCGAAAGUGCUCCAACUCCCCUCUACGAAGGCGAGUCUUCAUUCGCCAGUCAAUCGGCCGAGGCUAAGGAGAUUGUGGAGAGAUUUGCACACCCUAAUCGUGGGCCUGAUGCUUCAAGCUUGAGUGCAACUCUGGACUCAAUCAAUAGUCUCCUUGGUUCUAAUCUGCAAAACAAGCCACUUCUCAAUGAAACGAGUACACUUUCAAAGGCUACUUUCUUACCGCUGCCUGCUGAAAUGAUCGUCACAAUGCUCCGGAGAUUCCAAGUACAAAAGCCUCUAUUCUUGACCUCAUACCCAAUCAACAAUCCCUUGCUGGUAGAGCAGCUCUGUCAAAGAGUAUACUUUCCCACGCGAAAAGUAUCCGUUGGGGAUAUUGCGGCUAUGCAUGGGGUUCUUUACUUCGUGUUAAAGGAGUGUAUCUGCACCAAAGAUAUUCUGUGCGAGCAGUUUGAUCUCAAGGCGCAUCUAAAAACAUGCAAGGAGAGCUUUGAAGCGGGCCUGAUGACUGUCGAAGUUCUCGCGGUGCCUAGCUUCGAGAACCUUCUGGCAUUGGCCAUGGGAGCAAUCAAGGCUCAAGAUGAGGCCAAGCCAGUACUAGGGAGCAACCUGGUUGCAAGUGCCGCACAGCAUUGCCAGAUGCUAGGCCUCCAUCGUGAAUCCACCUACCAAAGGGACGACACCGGUAAUGCGGAUGGUAAGCGUCGCUUGUUCUGGACAAUCUAUAUGAUGGAUCACACCGCGUCCUUGUUUCUGGGGCGAGCAUCGUAUAUCCCCGAUUUCGAUAUCGACUGUCGAUAUCCUCCUCUUUCCGAGAAUCUAGCUGUUCGCCCAUGGGAUUCGGCUUUCAUCUUUAUCGUCAAGCUCAGCGAAAUACAGGCAGAGAUAUACAAUCAGCUAUACUCGGCACAGGGUCUGAGAAAAGGACAAGCAGAACGCAUUCGGUGCAUCAAUGAUCUCGAACUAGCUCUGCGAGAGUGCAACAGGGGUCGAAAAGAGAUAACUCCAGACCAUGUUGAAAACAAAGAAUUAUUCUAUAUGUGCGAUCGAAUUUGGGAUUUAUCAUUCUACUCUACACUCACCACAAUGCUCCGUGCAUCAUUCACGGCCAGAAUUGGUGGGGAAAUCGAGACGCGAUGCCUUGAGGCUGCACGCUUGAGCUUGAACAGCCAUCUGCGGUGCUUCUCCGACUACCAGCAGUCAAGCCGGUUUUCAGUCGCCGAUUAUGCCAAUUGGGUCCUGCUCUACUCGUCGUUCACCCCCUUCAUCGUGAUAUUUCUCCACAUUGUGGCAGCGAAGAGUCGCGUCGACCUCGACAUAUUGGAAACCGUGGUUAAUACUCUACACCCCAUACAGGCUGUCUCCGAUGCCUCGGCGCGGCUUUACAAAAUCUGUUUUGCCUUCUCUCGGGUAGCCCGAGGCUUGGUCGACGAUCAAAGCCCAUACGGUGGGAAGCCGACCGCAGAAAAAGACUCUUCGCAGUUACCAAAUGGCCCACGCCAAGAGAUAAUGCCAUCCCUCGAGUCAUCGCAAGGAUUUCCUGUCGAUAUGAUGGACUACUUGACCUACCCGGAGGCACAAGACAUCAAUGCGAUCCUGGAUACCUGGGAUAAUGGCCAACCGUCUGUGAUGGACUUGUUCGGAUUUGAAAUGACCAGGUCUUGA